AUGGCAGGAAACUCGAACGACCUCAUCUAUACAUCACUAGUAAGGCCACCUCUCAUCCCUCCCUACUCACCUUUGUCGCAGCCAGACGCACUUUCUACUGUUCUGAAUAUCAUAGCCGUACAGUACCGCGACGAGCGCGAGCUAGAGCUGAUGCAGCUCAAGCGAGACCGCCAGAUUGCCGAGGGGCAGCACCUAGUUCGCGAGGUCGAAUUGGCCGAGGCGAAGCAGCAGCGCGAGACCCAGAAGCAGCGCGAAAUCACGCGGAACCGCUACGAGUGGGCGAGGCACGAAAACGAGCUACGCCAGAAGCGCGAACGUGAGGCCGAGGACCGGAGACAGCAGCGCGCCGCAGACCGCCGCUCGAGCAAGGACCCGCAGGAUGGGGAAGACAUCUGUCCCUUGGACGAUGAUAACUUGAACCGCUUCCUCAACCCCCAGACCUCGCGCGACUACCCGCGCGACUAUGUGUAUAGCGAAAGAGACUUUUCUGCUCCUUCUUGCCGUGCGGGUCAGGAGGCUAAGUAA